AUGCCAAACGAGGAAAUGGGCGAUGAAACCAUUGAAGAAAUUUACGCUGCUUCGCAAGCCAUCGACAACGCGUUGAAUGCGGUAUGACCUUUUUUUUCCUUUUGGACGCAUUUGAUUUGACAUUCCAACCGCCGGAUUUAUUUUUCCGUCACAGGAAGACGAAAAAUAUCUGCUUUUCGAGCGCGCCGCCAGCAGCCAAUCAGAAAAAGUGAAACUUCUUGGCAUCCGAAUGCUUUUCCGGUGAGUUCAGCGCAUGCUUUCCUCAGCUAUAAAAGAACUCUUUUUUUUUUUUAGCUAUUUCCAUCAUUUCAAUCGCCAAACUGAGUCGCAAAGAAUCCUCUAUUUUGCUCUGACCGAUCGCAACAGCAAUGUGAAUUUAAAUUGAAUGUUCGAAAAUUUUGGAAAAUUUCUCAGAUCCGAAAAGCAGUUAUCAAGGAUCUGCCAACUUUGUGCAAAAAUGGAACUUUCGUAAAUCAGGUUUUGGAAAUAAUUUUUGUUCUCGCAGUAAAAGUUUUGUAUUUUCAAGGUCGUAGACAUUUUGUCCCAACUUCUUAUCGCAAAAGAUCCGCAAGAGUUAAAUCUUGUGAGAAAUGCUCUGGUGCACUUGAACAACGAUUUUCCGAAAGGUUUUCUCAUAUCUUGAAUGUUUCUUGCAAUUAUUGGCUGCGUUUAGAAUGUUUGUGUGCGCUCUACAACGCCGUGAACGAAGCGUCAAAAACACACGAACGCCUGCAAAUUCUGUGGUUCUUCGAGGAAAAACGCAAUAAAUCCAUGACUUUCAACCAGCACAUCAUUGAAGAUCUGUCAAAAAAGUACAUAAAGGUGAGCAAUAUACCUUUUCAUUUUCUAAGAUAUUGGAAAAUUCUCAUAAUCUUUGACUUCAGUGAAAGUGUCAAACAGCGUCAAUCAAAGUCUCCUAAUCAGAAAAAGAUUUCUCCAGCCAAAACUGAAAAAAUAUGCCCAUUCGAGUACUUGGAAACUCCAUCUAGUUCAUCUGAAUAUGUUCAAGCGAAUUUUCAAAAAUCCCUUUAUAAAAAAUAAAGUUACCCGUUGUCAUCAAAGCUAUACCAGAAACCAAUCUCGGAUUUUAUUUUCUAAGAUCAACAUGUUAAACAAGGAAAAUUUUGCAGAUGCUUGAUGACGUUGAGCGCGAAGACGUCGCCCUUCUGUUUCACCUCCUGAGCACAACUCAUUUCUUGAACUCGAUCGAGUGCUCGAAAAAAAUAGCCGACAUCGUUGUAGGGGACCCUUGCCGGUUCCCCUGUGCUCAAGUCAUUCUCCUACUCAAAAACCGAAUGGUCCGAAUGCCAAAAAAUAUGAGACACGACAAGGAGUUUGCGGGCUAUCGCAACAAAAUCGCUGAAAAGGUGACUCUGUCUGUCCGUCGAAAAUCCAACUUUUUUGUAGAUCAUUGGAGUUGUUCCGACCGACGAAAUGUUGGAUAUGCUGCACUAUCUCGAAGACGCGAAAGUCGUUUCCGGAUUCGAAAUCGACCGCGUUGGUGCAAAUCUGUUGGCCGAAACGUCUUUUGAACAGCUCUCGGUAGCUUUUGAAAAAAAUACCAUUUGAGAAAAAAAUGUUUUGAAGGAAGACAUGGCGAAUAACUUCGACCUUUUUGUCGAGAAGCUUUACCGUGUGCAUUAUUUGGCUCAGGUGAGAUACUCAUCUUUUAUUGACUUUUAAUUGAAGAACAUUGUUUUUCCUUAAUUUUGAUGAAAAUAUAUUUUUUUUAAAUUCAAAAUUCUAAAAGUAUCAAAAUUUGUACUAAGUUGUGGAAAAUACAGAAAAAGAAUUCAUCUUUCAACAAAUUUCAAGCGUAGAAAAAUCAAGAAUUUUUAGGUGGGAUUUGGCCAUCAGAAAUACCUUAACACCAUGACGGAGUGGAUGCUCUCGAAACUUUCGGCCAUAGAACUGGAGGGCGUGGAAGAGCGUCAAAACUUCUACAUGGCAAGAAGCGUUAUAUCUUAAACUUGAAAUGUUAUUUCUCAGUUUCUCGCCACUUUUUCUAUCGGAACAGAGAAAAAAUCGCACGAUGCGCCGUACGUUGUGACUUUCUUCAACCGUCUCUGGGUAGAACGUUUUUGAGAAAUUUUGAAAACAAAAAGAUGUUUUAGGAGCUUCUUCCUAGCCAGGCUGAGGCAGCUCAAGCAGCUGUAUGUCUCUUGGCUUUUUUAUCAAGCAAAGAUUUUUUUGAGAUUCUGAACGAGAGCGUGGAGUUGGAAUCCGUUUGUGUCGCCAUCAACAACUUGGUCGAUCUCACGCCGGAGCUCUACGAGCUUGUUGCCACAACUUGUAAAGAAUGGAGAUUGCGGUAUACUAUUUGGCUAUUAUUUAGAAAUUCCGCAAAAACCGGAUCACAUUGAUUUUUCAAGCUUUUAUUCGAAUAACCCAUGCUCGUCUUGAAUUUAAACUUUCUCAGAGUGAGCAACGCCAUCGCGCUGUGCCGCCAAAUCACGGCCAACCCUCCUCCGUCUAUCAAAGAGCUUGAGGAACAGGAACACAAGUGCCAAAUUUACAGAAUUAAUAGCAUCGGGUAUGAUAAAGUUUUCUCCUUAUUUGGAAAGUCAGCGAAAGCUUGUAAUGGUUCGAAAAAUCGCGGUUGACGUUUCCGUGUUUCGAAACAAAAUAUCGACUUCAUUUGCUCUAUAGUUAUGCGGGUUUCUUCACAUUUUUGAGCACGCUGAAGUUGUAUUUUCUUUAAUUUUAACAAAAAAUGAGGCUUAUAACUUUAUAAUAACCAAAAAAAUUAUCUCAAAAAAAUAAAAAGUUGAGAAUGAUUAUUAAGAUUCUUCUUCUGGAAGUUCCUCGGAAACAGAUGCUACUACUUCCUUCCGCCUAGCUGGCUCGCUGCUCCCAAAUAUGCUUGUGGUUUUUUUGUUGAAUUUUUAAAAAAACUAAUUUGUUUUUUUAGAUGGGUUGAGUUCAAAAACUCCUACAAUCAAUUGCGUGAGGUUUCUUAAAAAAGCCUCAGAUCGGUGGCGCUUCGGCGAACUUAAGCUCUGCGCUAUCCAACGAACCUAUGGAAUGAUUCUUCUCGUAAACCAAUCUCUCAAAAGCUGAAAAAAAAAUCAAACUUUGCUUUUUCUAAUAUAUUCUGAAAAAGUUUGAAAAAACAGAAAAAAAAAACUGGGAGUUUGGUUCAUCUUCUUUCGUGUCGACUUUCAUCUUUUGUUCUAAUAUGGUGGGGGAAUUUUUCUCAACUUCUAGUCUUUUAUCAAUUCUAGUUCAAGAAAAUCAAAACUAAUCAAUUGGCAUAAUUUCUCUUCUAUCCCAUGAUUUACGGAUAACUCCGCUAGUGCCUUAGAAACUGUAUUUUUUUCUCGUUCUUGAAUUCUUUUAUUGCCUUGUAAUUGCCAUGUAUUCCGUAUUACCCUUUUGUAUUAAGAAUAAAUUGGUUUAUUUAUUUUUUUCUGAUAUUUGGAAAUCUGAUGGUUUUUCGGACCAUAUCCAUUAUUUCUUGAUUUCUUUUUCUUCUAAUCAUAAUCAAAUAAAAAAAGGUAUCGAAAAAAAUGGCAAGUACAAACUGGAUUGUACAGAACGGAGAUUUGGAUGCGGUCAAAGAAAAAAUUGUAAGUUUUUGUUAUGUUAAUAAGACAAAAAUGAUAUCGCAACUUUUCAGAACAGUUCCAACGUCCACGAUUUUGUCAACGGCCGUGCCCCAAUCCACGUUGCUGCGGACUUUGGUCAAGCUGAAGUCAUCAAGUACUUGAUCUCUCUUGGAGCUGAUUUCAAUGUUAGUUUUUCAUCGAGUUUCCCGGCCUUGUUAGCCAUCUGAAGUUGAAAAAAUUUGAUAUACUUUGAUUAGGUAGAUACAAAAACUCAACAGGGACCUACUACUAUGCCGUGUUCAAAGUAAUUUCCGCGAAAUGCAAAAUGGUCUCUGACCCUCCAAAAUUUAGUUAUCUUUCUCUUUCUCUGACGGCUAAUUUGAAUUCCGCGGAAUCACUUUGAACACGGCACUAGUUUUAUUAAAUUACGUGAUGCUGUUCCCUGCUUCUCGAAAUAACAAUAAAAAACCCUUUACAGGCUCCUGACAAAUUUGGCAUCACUCCGCUCCUGGCCGCAGUCUGGGAAGGUCAUCUCGAGGCAACCAAAGUUCUUCUCUCCAAUGUGAGUGCAUUUUUCCCCCGAUCUCCAACCAUCUUUUCUAUUAAAAAAAUGUCCACGAAGUUUUCAGGGAGCCGUUCGUGAGGUGAAGGCUCCAGACGGUACCCCUCUCAUCGAAUGCACCGAGAACCAAGAAAUUCGCAAUCUUCUCGUCUCUUAA